CUGCCCAGGAGUGAGCAGCUGCUCUCAGUCGGCUCUGCCCGACAGACGCACGGACGGCCCAACAUCCCAGCCCACCAACUAGCCAGCCCGCACCUGGCUGCUUCCCCUCCCCAGUCCCAGGCACACUCUCUGGAGCUUUGCUUCUGGCCUGGAGGGAAAGGACCUCAGACACCCACCAGCUCAAAACCGGAACUCCCCACUGCUGGAACUAAUCCUUGGUGUGGGUCUAGGAGACUCAGUUUCCCAGGCACACCCACCAUGCGGCCCCUGUGGCUCCUCAUGGCUCUGCUGGCCCUGAGCCAGGCCCUACCCUUUGAGCAGAAAGGCUUCUGGGACUUCACCCUGGAUGACGGGAUGCUCAUGAUGAAUGAUGAGGAGGCUUCAGGCGCUGACACCACCUCAGGCGCCCCGGACCUGGACUCCCUUCCACCCACCUUCAGUGCCAUCUGUCCUUUUGGCUGCCACUGCCACCUGCGGGUUGUUCAGUGCUCUGACCUGGGUCUGAAGACAGUGCCCAAGGAGAUCUCACCUGACACCACACUGCUGGACCUGCAGAACAAUGACAUCUCUGAACUCCGCAAGGAUGACUUCAAAGGCCUCCAGCACCUCUAUGCCCUUGUCCUGGUGAACAACAAGAUCUCCAAGAUCCACGAAAAGGCCUUCAGCCCCCUGCGGAAGCUGCAGAAGCUCUACAUAUCCAAGAACCACCUGGUGGAGAUCCCUCCCAACCUGCCCAGCUCCCUGGUGGAGCUCCGCAUCCAUGACAAUCGCAUCCGCAAAGUGCCCAAGGGUGUUUUCAGUGGGCUCCGGAACAUGAACUGCAUUGAAAUGGGUGGGAACCCCCUGGAGAACAGUGGCUUUGAACCUGGAGCUUUUGAUGGGCUGAAGCUCAACUACCUGCGCAUCUCAGAGGCCAAGCUGACCGGCAUCCCCAAAGAUCUCCCUGAGACCCUGAAUGAACUGCAUCUGGACCACAACAAAAUCCAGGCUAUUGAGCUGGAGGACCUGCUCCGGUACUCCAAGCUGUACAGGCUGGGCCUGGGCCACAAUCAGAUCCGGAUGAUCGAGAAUGGGAGCCUGAGUUUUCUGCCCACCCUGCGGGAGCUGCACUUGGACAACAAUAAGCUGUCCAGGGUGCCUGCGGGCCUCCCAGACCUCAAGCUCCUCCAGGUGGUCUAUCUGCAUUCCAACAACAUUACAAAGGUGGGCGUCAACGACUUCUGCCCGGUGGGCUUCGGGGUCAAGCGGGCCUACUACAAUGGCAUCAGCCUCUUCAACAAUCCUGUGCCGUAUUGGGAGGUGCAGCCAGCUACCUUCCGCUGCGUCACCGACCGCCUGGCCAUCCAGUUUGGCAACUACAAAAAAUAGAGGCAGUGGCAGCCACCACGGUGGCCUUGGUUGGGGUCUUUGGGGAAAGCAGCCAGAUGUCCCAGAAGGGAAGGCAAAGCAAAGAAGCGAAGCCUCACAUUUGGUCUCCAACCCUGACUCACUACCCCAUCACAGCCUCUUCCUGGCUCCCAAGCAUGCAGGUGGACAUAAGGCCUGGCCCCCAUCACCUGUCAUUCAGCUCCCGAGCUGCCCUGCUCACCCACCAUGGCCACUCAGAGGCACCCCUAUAAAGCUUUCUUGUUCACCUUAAAACCCAAUGAUUGGAGGCUCCAGCCCUAGGAAAACAAUCCACGGAUCUGUGGGGCAGGAGAGGUUAGCAGGGAUGGAGACAAUGGACUCUGCCACGGCCACAACCCUGUCCAGGCUUACAUCCUCCUCCUCCUCCCCAUCUACUUCCAGCCUUCCACCUCUCCUGGGCUCAUCUAUUGCACUUGGCCUCUGGUGCCCCCACUUCAGCAAGUUCAUGGCCUAUCCAUCCCAGUUCCUUGCUCUAUUGGUCCCUGGACUAGUCCUCUCUCUCUCUCUCUCUCUCUCUCUCUCUCUCUCUCUCWCACACACACACACACACACACACACACACACACACCCUGACUCUUCCCUGGGCUGUCUCUUCUUUCCAUUUCAGGCCCUGCCCAGCCUCUGCCUGGGAUGGCUGCCUCUUUCACUGUCCUACUGAGGUCUUGCCCCCAGAUUGGAGGAGGCUGGAAGGUCAAAACCAGGAAGGUGGCCAUGCUCCACCAGAGUCCUGAGCACCAGUUUUCAUUGGCUCCCACCUCCCCGCAAGAUAGUUGGGUCUCCUUCCUUCACCUCCUGGUCCCUGCCGCGGUGGGCUGUGAGCAGUCACACCCAGCUCAAGGAGGGCUGCUUUUGAGGUUGGUUGUCUUUCAAUUAAAGAAACACUGUGCAAUAGGGCU